UACAUCCGGAUGGCUGGCGAUGAGACACAACCGACUCGUUUCUCGUUCGUUGAGUUCACUGAUCAGUCUUCGGUGGCAAACGCUCUCCAAUACAAUGGCGUUAUAUUCGGCGGUCGACCACUUAAAAUAAAUCAUUCAAACAAUUCCAUUGUGAAGCCACAGGCGAAGAGUUCAGAAGCGGCACAAAAAGAGAUCGAAGAGGCGAUGAAGCGGGUCCGAGAGGCCCAGUCGCUCAUAUCCGCGGCCAUCGAACCGGGAUUUUCCAUAAAAUUCGACAAAAUCUUGGAAUUCGCCGGAAAGGAGAAGAAUCGAGGAGAAGUACUUCUCGCUCGAGACGUCGUUCCCGUUCUCGCACUCGGAAAGGCGGCGCUCGAGAUCUCGUUCGCGAGAAAAGAGGCGCCGCUCUCGAGAACGAAGGCAUAG